UUGUAUAGAAUAUACUUGUAGAAAGAAAAUGGCAAAUAAUGAAUUUAAUAAUUUUAAUAAUAAAUCUGCUAACUUAGAAAACAUUAAACUUGAACAAGAAUUAUACGCAGAAAUUAUUGAAGGAAGUGAAAAAAUGGAGUUUGUAAAAAUUAAAGAAGAAAUGCCUGAAGAAUCUUUUACAAGGGAAGAUGUAUUCAUUGGACAAGAAAUACCAGAAGAAGAUUUUGAAAAUGUACUGUUUAAAGAAGAAAUGCAAGAAGAAACCACCGAUACUGUUACAAUGGAAUAUGGAUGGGUUGGUGAAGAAUUCAUUGAAAAUGGAAUAAUAGAUGAAACUAUUUUGGAAAAUCGACGAAUUAAUAGUGGAGAUAAACGUUUCUCUUGUGAAGUUUGUAAUAAAACAUUUACUCUGAAUAGUCAUUUAAUGAAACAUAUACAAAUUCAUACUGGGGUUAAACCCUUCUCAUGUGAUAUUUGUGAUAAGGCAUUUAAUCGGCGACAGAGUUUAAUGAGACAUGAACUUAUUCAUACCGGUGAAAAACCUUUUUCUUGUGAAGUUUGUGAUAAAAAAUUUAAUAGACAAAGUGUUUUAAUUCGGCAUAAACUCGUUCACACCGGGGAAAAAUCUUAUUCAUGUGAAAUUUGUGAUAAAAUAUUUGCUCAAAAGCAACAUUUAAUUACACAUAAACGAACACAUACCGGAGAAAAACCAUUUUCAUGUGAAAUUUGUAAUAAAAAGUUCACUCAACGAGGAAGUUUAACUGAACAUAUUGAAAGAAUUCAUAUUACGGAUAAAUCUUAUUCAUGUGAUGUUUGUAAUCAGAUAUUUAGUCAGAAAAAUCAUUUAAAGCAACAUAAACGAAAUCAUUUUCAAGGAAAACCAUUGAAUAUGAAGUCUGAAACAGGAAUUAAAGAAGAAGUUUGUGAUACAACGUACACUCUUGAUGUAAAACCCUUCUCAUGUGAUGUUUGUGAUAAAGUAUUUAAUCAACAACAGAGUUUAAUUAGACAUACACUUAUUCAUACCGGUGAAAAACCAUUUUCUUGUGAAGUUUGUGAUAAAAAAUUUAAUAGACAAAGUGCUUUAACUCGACAUAAACUAAUACACACCGGACAAAAAUCGUAUUCAUGUGAAGUUUGUGAUAAAACAUUUAUACAUAAACAUCAUUUAAUUAAACAUGCAAGAAUUCAUAGCGGAGAAAAACCUUAUUCUUGUGAAAUUUGUGCUAAAACAUUUAGUGAUACAAGUAGUUUAAUUCGACAUAAGCGAAUUCAUACUGUGAUACAAGUAGUUUAA